CCACCAACAAGCAACGUCAAUUCUAUCUUUUAAACAUUCAUCCAUCAUCAACAAAACAAUCCGCACAUAAAAACAUCCUUCACCCACACCGCCAGUCCCAUCAACAAUCGUGAACAUCUAACAACUACACACCCCAACUCACAGCGAGGCCACUAGUACAGUCGUCUGUCGCUGCACUCCGAGUUUAUCUCAACAAACCAUUUCCCCAAGUCACCCCCGUGAAUUCGAGUUUAUGUCAAUCGAAAACCUCAAGACCUAUGACCCCUUCGCCGAAGCCGAUGAGGAUACAGGUGAAUCCAAGCAGUCACAGAACUACAUCCAUAUCCGCAUUCAGCAGCGGAAUGGACGUAAAACCCUGACUACUGUCCAGGGUCUUCCGAAGAAGUUCGACCAAAAGAAGAUUCUGAAGGUCAUCAAGAAGAAGUUCGCCUGCAAUGGAACCAUCGUGAACGACACCGAGAUGGGUGAAGUUAUUCAGCUGCAGGGUGACCAGCGCAAGGAUGUGCAGGAGUUCCUCGUCGACAAGAAGGACGGUCUAGAGCUUGAUCCUAAGACUAUCAAGGUCCACGGAUUCUAAGCCAGCCAUGUUCUUGCACCAACCGUAACGCCUAUUACCGAUCACGAAAUACGCAAGUGGAUGGUCAGCCUUGCAUACGUCAGUAUCGCCGACUGCUAUGUGACGGCAUCGAUAGCUGUUCGUUACAUCGUGCCAAGGGCUGCACUAUCGAUCAAGGCGUUUACGGAAUGGUUAGGACAUGAUACCCCUUGUUGAAUUCUAAGAGGCUCCUUGCUUUCGGAUGCGAUUUGGCGAGGUUGAGGCUCGUUUUAGGAACGUGUUACUCGACACUUUUAUUUACAGAGAUGAGGUACUAUGGAUGGCUUGGACUUGCAAGGCACUCUCGUUCUCAGUUCUACGACAAUAGUAUUGCCUAUAAAUCAGAACAGUCUCAUCAA